CUGGUUCCCCUCGCUCCCCCGCUCGCUCCCUCCCUCCGUCGUCCGGUCAGUCCGUGUGUGUGUGUGUGUGUGUCUGUGAGUGGGUGUGGUGUUUGGGCGCCCGCGGCCUCCCGCCCCGCCGCCGGGAUGUGCGACAAGGAGUUGAUGUGGGCCCUGAAGAACGGAGACCUGGACGAGGUGAAGGACUAUGUGGCCAAGGGCGAAGAUGUCAACCGGACCCUGGAAGGUGGCAGGAAGCCGCUUCAUUAUGCAGCAGACUGUGGACAGCUGGAAAUCCUGGAAUUUCUGCUACUAAAAGGAGCGGAUAUUAACGCUCCAGAUAAACAUCACAUCACCCCUCUCCUAUCUGCUGUCUACGAGGGUCAUGUUUCCUGUGUGAAAUUGCUUCUCUCAAAGGGAGCGGAUAAGGCCGUGAAAGGCCCCGAUGGAUUAACUGCCUUGGAAGCCACUGACAACCAGGCAAUCAAGACUCUUCUUCAGUGAUGGACGGACGGACUGAUACCUAUUCGAAUGCCUCUCCUGUGGCCUCACACUGCUGCCUGUCUGUCUGUCUGUCUCACUCUAUCUGCCAGCUUCUUCAGCUAGAUACUUUAAAGGGGGAUAGGGGAGAGAGAGGGGAGAAAAAGAAAACAAAAACGAUAAUUCAGACGAUCAGAAAAGCUCCAACUCGGGGAGGGGGGGGACGAUCCAUUGAUUCGACCCCAUCUGGGGACCCGAUACGGGGGCCGCCCCUCCCCUCCAUCUGUAGUCAGAUUCAACUCGUGCCCACGCGAGGGCAAGAAACAAACUCUCUUUUUUAUCCAAUUGACGCGUGAAGCUCCCUAGACUUGGUCAGGGGCGGGAAGCGCCGAUUCGACGAAGGCUUCCCGAGGCAGCCCUGACCCUAGGGAGUGGUAUUGGCUGCUAGAAUGUAAAAUUAAGGUGCUGAGACAUACAAUUAUACAAUUAGCUCUAGCCCUCUGCCUUAAGGAUGCACUGAAAGGAGGAUUUCUGGGUCUAAAGAAGCCUAGGGAGCGGCCUUCUCACCGUCCGGUCGGUGACCGAACCUUUCCUCCACGGCUUUGACUCACCCCGGGGGAGAGCUCAAACCAGGUGGCCGGGUAGGCACCCUUUCUCCCCUCCCCCUCCCCCCCAAAAUCCGUUGGUUGAACUUUCAAUUUCCUCUCCCCUUCCACUCGGGUUUCACGGGUCCUAGACUAGAUCGGGCCGAGUCUCUAGGUUGGAGGGGUGGAGGAGAAAUAGCAUUCCGGUGUUUCUCUCGAUGGUAGCACUUGGAAUUUCCAAAGAAGAAAAUUAUCCCGGGUUGGAGGGGGAAAGCCCAGGGGAGGUGUAUCUGGCUGCCCACAAUGAGCAAGGAAGGGCAAGGGGACAGAGAAGGACUGACCGUUUCAGCCCGCUCCAACACAAAAAUCAAGUUCUCAAAUCCUCCUCAAAUCACCUGGGAAAUGCUUCCAAGCCCUGCUGGCAGGGAAGGGGAACUUAAAAAGUAGAAUCCUGACUGGAAAUGGGCCCCGGCAUCAAAGGUAAGAGAAAUGGGCUCAAGUAGAAAAUGAGGAUUUUCCUCUUCCGAUUCUAUAGUGGUUGCCUAAAUGGCAUUUUUUAAUUGGCUUCGGUUUUGUUUAGAGCGCGCAGGAGCCUUUUCUCGUAUCCUCCUCUCCGCGCUCUCUAAGGGUUUCAAUUUUUUUGUCUCUUGUCUUUUUUAAAGUCUCGAAUCAGACUACUUAUUUGCACUAGCACCCGAUCUGGACAAAAUUCUAACACCCCUCUGCCCCCAUUGUCGAAAUCAGUGAGCUUCUCCCCCUAAUUUCUGCCAGAUACGAGCUCAACCUCCUGAAAAUAGCGGAUCCGUAAUUCUCGUCCGUGAAAUCGCCCGGGCUGGUCGGGGAGACACUUUCAAAUGUACCCUGUAACCCUGAGGAUCCAAGAACAAAGCCACACUGUGGUGUUCACUCAUCCUUCCAAAAUUUCCGUACAAGACGCAGUCCGGUUUCCUGAGCGGGGAGGGCUAAUCCAAACCCAGAUCUCUUAUUUCAGUGUCUCCUGUGCUUGAAGCGGAGACCCAGAAGGAGGGCAGGCUCUAGAGAGCGAGCUUUCGGGUUUGUCACUUAAAUCAACCUCCUGAGGAAGAGUUAGGGUUUCCUGACCAAAUCCCCCACGCUGUCGAACGGAACCUCGGCCACGAAAGCCGUCACCUUGGAGAGCGUGACUUGGCAGCAACAUCGAGUGAAGACUUUUCUACGUAGCGCAGUGUCCUGCAGGAGAGUUGAAUUCUUACCGGGAAUACAAUCGGCCUGGCCUCUAACAAAUCACAAGGAGCAAAUCCUGACAGGUUGGGAUUGAGUUUGUAUAUGCGUUUUGUUUUUGGUUUUUUUCCCCCUUUCCCUCUCGUCCCCAUCCGAUCCUGGAAUUUCUCCUACCCCGAGAAGCCAAACCCGAACUGUGGGGUGAAAAGGAUUUGAGCGUAUUUGGCUCCUUCUGCUGUCUUAAUACAGCUCUUUUUUUUACUUCACCUCAGCCACCAGCGCCGGGACACAUCGUGGGCUCUGAUAAGGAGAGGGUCAUUGUCGCAGGGGUCACCCCCAUUCGGUUUAGAGCUGUAGUUUACCUCAGUUCAGCUAGGGCCGUGCGUAUGGAUUAUUUCGGUUUUUCUCCCCUCUCCCCUUCCUCCCCCCCCCCCCCCGCCACCGCCCCUCCUGCUGGCAUAAGACUAGUGUUCCGCUUCUUUUCGUGCUAUUAAAAAGGCAAUUCACGAGUGUAAUUUUCUGGACUAGUGUAUCUUGACAUUUAUUUUUCACUUGGACCCCUACCUUCUGGGGCUUCCAGUGAGGUUGGCUGCUGCGGCCUCCGCCCCUCCCUUCCUCCCCAGCGUCUUUUCCUCCCUCAGUCAUCCUUUCAGGUUCAAGACCCUUUCGACCGACUGCAGAGGUUAGGCCGGUGUCCCCCCCAACGCAGUAGAGGUUCUCUCACCUCUCCCGCCCCUUCCUGCCUUCUCGUCAACCCCCGAGCCGAUCGCUUGAGGAGAACAGGACUGAGACCCAGCCGACUGUAACGACCGAGACCCGUGUAGACUUCCUUUUUACUAACGCGGUUAUUUAUAACAAACCUCCGCGCCACUCCGGUGGAAGAGCUGAGACAACAUUUAGCGUUGGUUUUGUUCCUUUCUGGUUAAGCUGAAAACUCGGCCGCUUCUUUGCACAACGGGCAUCAAAUGAAAGGUCAACUUCACAUUUUUGCGCUCCGGUGAAGAAAAAUUAAACAGCUCAAAAAAGAAAAAAAACCACCUGUGGUUUUUGCUGUGGUCUCUUGACUUCCUAUCUGUUAUUUCAAGGCGAGGCACGGGGGGCUCCGCGGGCUUCAGACCGGCGCCCCCGACGCGCAACAGAUAGGAAGCCCGAACCGUCCAAAGGAAGACGAGAUUUAGGCCGGAAGCGAACGUUCCCGGCCCCUGGAGCCGGCUCCCCCACGCGCGGCCUCUGGAUCCACGCUGAGGCGGAGGAGCGUGCGGGCGGAAAGGGUAGGGGCUGAGGUCGGGCUGAUUGGCCACCAUCGUUCUCUCCUGUCGUGGCUAGCUCCGACUGCCGCCUUUUGAGUUCUCCACCUUCUGCUCCCCCGUCUCUCCCCCAUCCCCCUCAGCCUAAGUUGCGUCGAAACUUAAAUCGAGCUGCUCUCGUCUCCUCCCGUGCAGUAGUACGCGCAUGAUUCUGUCUGUAACCGAGGCCGGUGAGGGGCCUCAGCGUAAGCGGUUGCCGUGUCUUGCAUGCAGAGUUUUAAAACGAAAACUGUCCGAAAUCUAUUUUGUACAUGGAGAAAUGAGCAUCCUAUCUUUCUAAGCGGUAAGGGAGGAAACUAGCGCUUUGUGCAUUUUGAUAGAUUUGAGUUCGGUUUCUUGCUCCCCCUCUCCCCCACGACAUGGUAAUUCCUUUGAAACGGUUGGAUUUCUCAUACUACCCUAGUUCAUGGACAUCCCAAUGCUAAAUAAUACUGUGUUCAAGUUUUGUGUUGCAAGAACAAAUGGAAUAAACUUGAAUUGUGCUACA